UGCUAAGCACGUACCCGUUCUUGUACAGCAGCCCAUAAUAUUUUACAAAUUUGUGCACCCUUCCAUGUCACUGUUCUCCCAAGAAACAUUCAUAAGAGAGGUACGCACGUUAGUACCAACCCAGGAGAAGAUAAAGACCUUGGCGCUGUACAUGAAGACUACAUCUGCCGAAUCAACACGAAUGGUGCGCAUUCUCGAUCAGGAGUACGCGAACAGCAAUGCAUACCAUAAGCUGAACAUUUUCUAUCUUGCGAACGAGCUCAUCCAAACAAUAAAGAAGAACGAGAAGGACCUUGCGCUUCUUCUUGAGCAGAUCAAAAGUUUUGUGGUAUCAAAUUUUGAUGAUGCGAAUGCUGAGAUGUCUAAGCAUCCGGUGCUUAAGGGCAAGCUAAUGGAACUCAAGAAUGUAUGGGUGGAGAGAAGGUUGUUUGAGAAUGCAGAGCUUGCGAACAGCCCAACAACAAAUAGUUAUAGUAGAGAGGAGGUUAUCAGGAAAAUAGAGGAGUACUUUGAUUGUAGAGAAGCGCUUGCAGAGUACCUGGAUGGAAUGGUGAAGAAGCUCAGGCACGAGUGAGCAUGGCACAUAGUAUUAAAUAAAUGCUACACCGUUUUACACGCA